AUGUCUUGGCAAGCUUACACCGAUAAUUUGAUAGCUACUGGCAAAGUGGACAAAGCCAUUAUUUAUUCCAGAGCUGGGGAUACGAUCUGGGCAUCUUCUGGUGGUAUGUCGUUAGAGGCGAAUGAGAUUAGUGAGAUUUCUCAAGGUUUUGACAAUGCGGGUGGGUUGCAAUCCAAUGGAUUACAUAUCCAAAGUCAGAAAUUUAUGCUACUAAGAGCUGACGAUAGGUCGAUUUAUGGUAGACAUGAAGCUGAGGGGAUAAUUGCAGUCAGAACCAAGCAAACUAUUUUGAUUGCACACUACCCUGCGGGUGUUCAAGCAGGUGAAGCUACAAAGAUUGUCGAACAGUUAGCAGAUUAUUUGAUUAGUGUCCAAUACUGA